CAAACAUGGGCACCAAGCGCAAUAGGAAGGGAGGCGAGCUACCCACAUGCAGCAACAGUGCCCCCAGUCUCUCAUACGCAGCCACUGAGCGUCCGCCACCUACGAAGGUACCGAGGACGGCAACAGCUACUGCGCCGCCUUCCAGCGCUCGCCGCUUCGGCUUCAAAGGACCGUCGAUCUCACAGCUACCGACGCUUGCCAUGAAGCGCGGAGAAAUGCUGAUGGAUAGUAGAGUCUCACUUGAUACUGUGGAAAGAGCAGCGCCUGUCGAACUGGACGUCCACGUGCUGGAGAUGUUCAGCGGAAUCUUCAGUCAGGAGAUGAUUGCGACGCUCGAUCAGCUUCUGGCGUUUAAAUACAAGACCAACAAAUUUGCAGUCAAGGCGCGGAAAGAAGAGCAAAUUAACUACAUCAAAGAGCUCAAGACUGUUGUGCGCGAUGUGGUAGCCAAGAUUCAAGCCUUCAAUAAAGUAUGUACGGUGAUGGAUGACAAACUGGCGGCGGAGAAGGCGACGCUGGAGCGCAGGUUUGCACAUGAAAUUCUACAGAAGAACGUCGCACGGAUCCUUGCGUCCGAGCAGGAGGUUACUCGCAGCAACGCAGUACUAAAAGAUAACGCGGCAAAGCUUGAGAUCCAACUUGAAGAGGCCCAAAAAUCCAACGCGCAGCUAAAGCUGGAUCUGAAGGCACAUAAAGCACGCAUGGCGGAUGAGUCGCGGCGUUUUGAAGAGAAGAAACAUGAGCUGGAAAUUUCCUUUGAGAAGAAGGGUCACGACGAGGAUGAGCGCAAGCAGGCGGAGUUGGAGGAGUUACAGAAUCAGCUGAGCAAGGCGCGUGACGAGCUCACCUCAGUUCAAAAAGAUCUGGAGAAGUACGAGAAUAAGGUAAUCGAAGCUACAAAUAGCCUUAGCGAUGAGCGUGAACGACGAACUAGGGCGAAUAUGGAGAAAUGUACGCUUGAGGCGAAGAAUCAGGCUUUGGAAAGUCGUGUGAAUAGUGCGGAGAAUGAAGUGGUAGAGCUGAAGGAGAAAUUCCAACAAAAGGACGGAGAAGUGUCGAAUCUCGUCAAGAGCUUGACGGAGAUUCAGAAGUUUAACGCAUCUGCAAGCGCAAAGGCUGAAGCUGACAAGAAGGAACUGGCUGAUAAAGUGGAGCGACUUCAGACUACCAUCCACAAUCUCGAGAGACAGGAGUCCUCCAGUUCGACUACUGUGCGUGAUCUUCGUAAACAGCUAGAGGUUUGUAACACAAUGCUGUGUCUGGAAAUCAAAUCCCGAAAGGAGGCGGAGCAGAGCGAGCAGGAAGUUCGCAUUCAGAUGAAGCAGGUAGAAGGUGAGCUGCAAGAAAAUCUGCAGAAGGUUGGAGUGGAAGGGGGUGUUCGACAAAUGCUCGAGGAUCAAGUUCGUGAACUUCGGACAGAGCAUAUAGCUGUGAAUGCCCAGAUGGAGGCGGUCAAGGCGGAGAUGAAGCGCCUUCAGUCUGCCGGCGUGGACUCUAAGGAACAGCACAACAAGCAAAUGGAUACACUGGAACAGAAGUUUCAGCAAGAAAGGGACAGCUUCAGGAGCCUGAUCGACAAAUUACAGGAAGAGAAGGUUUGUCUGGAAAGCGAAGUGCAGACUCUUCGGACACGAGCUUCUACGGUUCGUAUUGGGGAUGUUGAGGAGCUGUGCAAGGUGAAACGUGACGCUGACAUCCUGCGUCGACGAUUAACCGAGCUGACCAACCAAGGUGCUCAAUCGAUCGCCCAGAAAGACAGUUUAAUUUUGGAGCUGCAGGAGAAAGUGAAGCUGGGCGACAUGACGAGGAGAGCAAUGCACAACACUAUUCAGGAACUGCGUGGAAAUGUUCGGGUGUUUGCCAGGACUCGACCGUUCCUGCCCUCCGAUCAUUGCGACCCCAACACAACAACUCCAAUAAUUUUAUGCGACUUCGACGGUGAAAGCUUGAAGCUACGUCGUCCCGGCAAGAACCCUUCCGAGCCAGAUACUUUUGCUUUUACGUUCGACAAAGUGUUUGCUCCAUCCGCUGGUCAAGACGCAGUUUUUGAGCAGGUGUCCGAGUUUGUUCAGUCCUCUUUGGAUGGAUACCAUGUUUGUCUGUUUUCCUACGGUCAGACUGGGUCGGGGAAAACCCACACGGCACGAACUGGCAAUGGCCAGAUGAGGGGUAUCAUUCCACGAGCCAUCGAGAUGAUUCUCCAGGAGUGUGAGGCUUUGAAAGAACAGGGAUGGAAAUACGUCGCAAAGGUUUCCUUCCUGGAAAUCUACAACGAGAGCUUGAAGGACCUGCUUACCACAAAGCACAGCAGCAACGACAAGCUCGGCAUCAAGAAAAAUGCAAGAGGAGGCGUGUAUGUCCCAGGACUGACGAUGGUGGAUGUUAACGCGAUAGAUCAAGUGGAAGUCCUAAUGGAGCAAGCAAGCAGAGCGCGAAGUGUGGCCUGUACCGAUAUGAAUGUACAGUCGUCGCGGUCUCACAGUGUAUUCACUCUGCAUCUGCAAGGAGUGAACGACAAGGAUGGCGUCAUGCUGAAUGGCCAGCUGAACUUGGUCGACUUGGCUGGCAGUGAGCGAGCUUCUCGAUCGAAUGUUUCUGGUGACCGAUUAAAGGAGACUCAAGCUAUUAACAAAAGUUUGAGCUGCCUGGCUGAUGUCUUCAACGCCAUCGGAAGUAAGGCGUCCCAUAUUCCGUUCCGAAAUUCGAAAUUGACGUAUCUGCUCCAAAGCAGCCUGUCGGGUGAUGGCAAGACUCUGAUGAUGGUGAACCUGUCCCCAACACUUGAAUCGGCAAGCGAGAGCUUGUGCUCGCUGCGGUUUGCAAAGCAGGUUAACCAGUGCGAGCUUGGCAAGCCAAAGCGACAGAUCAAGUCUAGGAAAGACCGUCCAUGAGCCAGAGCGAGUCGAAUUGUGGAGUUCGUUAGAGGUUAUAUUUAGAGAACACAAUGUGUCAUGGAGUUGAUCAGUG